UUCAAAAAUGUACUUUUAAUCUGACGGACGAGACGUAUAUUCUAAUUUAUUGAAUAAGAGAUGUUUUUGUCUUGUAUUUUCCUGGUAGCUUCUCGCCACCUGCCGCUUAAUUAAGGAUUUACAGGUUAAAAUGCCAUUUCUUCUAGAUUGUCAAGUUCCACACAGUAAAAAAACAACAACACAGGAAAUCCGUAUAAAAUGAUGAGCUUUCAAAAUAAAAGCUUACAAUUUCAUUGCACAAAACAGACAUAGAAUUUAGCUUAAAAUGAUCACAAACAGCAGCUUAUAUUUUUUGUCGCUGAGUGAAACUCGUGUAUGAGACGUUUUCUUCGCUAUUUUACGUGGGUUAAAUCUGAACCGAAGAGUAAACACUUUUACUUUGAAAGCGCAAACAGAAAACGACGUAACUGUCAGAUUCUAAUCGGGCUAGCUUGACAGCCACGUCACCUCCUCUUCUCAGCUUGCCUCUGGAACCAUCAUUGCUCUCUCAUGCCAGGAGUCUGUUCUGGAAAUUGCGAACAUUUUUUACCUGUUUACAUACUCAUAUUUCAGACAAGCGGCCAACAGAGCCGUCUAACGUCAACUGCGAAGCUGCUAGCUUGUUUUUUCCUCUCUUAAUCUGCUCCGAGCUUAUUUUCCCUUUGUGGGUCAACAACUCAGAAGUCAGUGUUGUGGGAGUUUGAAGGCCUGUGAGGACUCUAGGGGCAACACCAUGAACAUCUUUCGGCUGGCAGGUGACGUGUCCCAUUUGGUGGCUAUUCUCAUCCUGCUGAUGAAGAUAUGGAGGUCCAAAUCUUGUGCUGGCAUCUCUGGGAAGUCUCAGGUGCUCUUCGCACUUGUUUUUACCACCAGGUACCUUGACCUGUUCACAGUCUACAUCUCGGCCUACAACACAGUCAUGAAGGUGGUGUUUCUGGCUCUGUCCUACGCUACGGUGUAUUUGAUCUACAUGCGCUUCAGGAACUCGUACGAUUCAGAGAACGACACGUUCAGAGUGGAGUUCUUGCUGAUUCCGGUGAUCGGCCUGUCCUUCCUGGAGAACUACGCCUUCACUCCACUAGAGAUCUUGUGGACCUUCUCCAUCUUCCUGGAGUCCGUCGCCAUAAUGCCCCAGCUCUUCAUGAUCACCAAGACGGGCGAGGCGGAGUCCAUCACCACCCACUACCUGUUCUUCCUCGGCCUCUACAGGGCCCUGUACAUCGCCAACUGGGUGUGGCGCUACCACACCGAGGGCUUCUACGACCAGAUCGCCAUCGUGUCCGGAGUCGUUCAGACCAUCUUCUACUGCGACUUCUUUUACCUUUACGUCACGAGGGUUCUCCGAGGAAGAGGGAAGAUGAGCCUGCCAAUGCCGGUUUAGGUUUCACGUCAGUGCCUGCCACAGCAGAAUCCUUUCGCCUUUCCCUGUAGCUGUACUUUAGCAAAAGGGACUAAAGGUCUUAUAUUUGUAGACCAAAAUUAAAUAGAUUAUUUUGUUUUGUUUUGUUU